AUGUAUGUAAGUACACACUUAUUGUUGUUUAAAGCUAUUGACUAUGUGAAUACAAUGAGACUCGAUAAACUCAAAAAAUCAGCUUUCAUCUUUUUGCUUGAUUCUACAGACAAUGUGAGAUGUAAGCCAUCGGUAAGAUAUUAUAUUAGCCAAGCAAUAGGGAAAGUUCCUACGAAGUUUGUAUGGAAAACGGACAAGGAAAAUCCGUUGAACUACCUACAAGGUUCCGGUUAUUAUUUGAAAUGUAAUACAGACUACACUGAAACUGAUGUAAAAACCUAA